UCCCACGUCCCACGUCCCACCUCCUUUACUCUCUUGUCGCUCUAUUUUCUCUUCUCUUUCUCCAAAACUUUCCACAUUCUCUUUGCACUUUUCUCUCCCCUUCUUCUCUACUUUUUUUCUUUCUGGCAGAAACAAAAACAAAGGAGGGGCGCAAAUGGCAGAUUGGGGUCCUGUCUUAGUAGCAACAGUGCUGUUCGUGUUGCUGACUCCUGGACUGUUGCUUCAGAUACCUGGUAAAAACAAGGUUGUCGAGUUUGGGAACAUGCAAACCAGUGGAGCUUCCAUUUUCGUCCACUCUGUUAUCUACCUUGGUCUCAUUACCAUCUUUUGUAUUGCCAUCGGAGUUCACGUCCACGUUUCCGAAUGAUCUUAGAUUUUGUACCCUUUGUUUCUCAGUUUAGUGGGGUUAUUUUUUAUGUUGCUAUUGUUGUUGAUUUCGCUUGAUCUGUAAUCAUGGAAUCCGUGUUUGCUAUUAAACUUUUCCUCUUUCUUUUGAUCUGUGAAAUGGUUUUGACCUUGUACUUGAAUAGAUGAAAUGGACCAUAGUUUUCAUUUCUGAUUUGUGGUUUACAUUUCUGUUAGGUUUUGGAUAGUGAUGGCAACCGAUCGGGUAGAUUUUUUUUUAA